AUGAAGCAAGUCCGUUUGCUCCACUUGCAGAAGCAGGUGGCACCCAAGGUUGCGCCUGCUGGACCUCUUCGUCGGAUCGUUUUCGGAAAUCUUCCCGAGUGGGCAAACAUAUCCAGCGUCCUGCAGCUCGUCUACAGUGGUGCUAGCGAACGCGCUUGGAGCGAGAGUGGCGAAGUCAUCAUGCACUUUGUUGAACAAGAUGACUGCAUUAAAUACUAUGAGAACCGCUCCGAAGACAUCAAGCUAAAGGAUGGUGACGACGAACUCACCAUUUCUGUUACUAUGCCCGAAGAGGGCCUGCAGGAUAAUGCCGAGCUUCCGAAGCGUGUCGAAGAGGGUGAGAUCCAACGCGCUUAG